GCGGGGCCUGGUGAUCGCCGGCUCCGCGCCUCCCCGAGUCGCCCAGGCCGGAACUCCUGCCCUAGUCCCCGGCUCGGCCUCAGCCGGCCCGGCCCGGCCCCGGCCCCGGGCCCGCGAGGACACCGAGGCCACCCCCGGGGGUGGGGAGCGGAGCCGCGGGUCAGCUCUGCGAGCGCCCGCGCUGGCCCGUCCGGCCCCGCCCCCGCCCCGGGCCAUGGCCCAGCCCUUGUCCCGGCCCCUCGUCCCAGCACCCCGGCCCAGACCCAGGCCCCCGGCCCCGCCCUCGGCCUGCUUCCCAAAUAGGUCCCAGUCCCGGCGUGGACACCAGCGAAUGCCCAGAUCGAGGUCCCCACCCAGGCCCCCCCUCCAGCCUCAGACCCUGGCCGGGCCCCCACCCCCGCCUCUGCCCUGGUUCCACCUCCUGUCACAGAUCCCCGCCCCACCCCUGUCCCAGUCCCAUCCCCAGGGUUUGCUUAAGCCCAGGGCCCAGACGCUGCCCUCACUCCAGUCCCCAUCACAGUCUCUUCUACCCCAACCCCUGCCCCUGUUCAAGCCCCGGUGCCCAGCCCAGCCCAGCCCAUUGUCUCAGCCUUUGCCCUCUUCUCUGCGUUUACCCGAGUCUCUCCCACCACCCACCCCUCUCUCUCACACCCUGCCCCUCUCCCAGCCUCGGCUCAGGUCUGGGCUCCAGCUGCCUCCAGCCCUGUUGCUGCUGUUGCUGUUUUCUGUCCUUGGCCCGGGGGCUGGAGGCCUCUUCCUGACCGAUUACUCCACCUGCUCACCCCGCAAGCUGAGUCCUUUCCGCUCCUUUGCCAGCACCGAACUCUUCCACUUCCAUGUUCCUGAGGACACAUUCCUGGCUGUUUGGAACCUCAUCAUCUUCAAGGAGCAGGGGGGAUCCUUUGGGGACCACUGCCCAGACCAAAGUGUGACUGUGUAUUUCCGGUCUGGGGCACCCCCUGUCAUCAAUCCUCUGCACACACACUUCCCAGGGGACACGGCCGUGCCUGGGGUUUUCUCACUGACCCUCAGCUGGACCCUGCCCAACCGCACGUCAGGCAUCUUUAACGUCAGCAGCCCCUUACCUGGGGACUGGUUCUUGGCUGCCCACCUUCCCCAGGCCCACGGCCACAUCUCUGUCAAGGGUCUCCAGGAUGAGUGUCAGUACCUCCUUCAGCCGCAGCUGAUUGUCCGGCGUUUACUGGACGUUGCUGUGCUGGUGCCUGGCCGUCCCUCAGAGCAAACCCUCUCCCCCCACAAUCGCUCAGCCCUAUACAAGGUCUUUGUGCCCAGCUUCACUUACAGGGUUUCAGCACAGUUGGUGUGUGUGGGGGGCCGAGGGGCAUCCGCCUGCCCCCUGACACUUCGCCUACGUCCCAAGGCCCCACCCCUGCACAACUCAAGCUCUGUGGCAUGUGGAGGUGCCUCGGUAUGCCAGCUGGAGCUAGCGCUGCCCCCUUGGGGGCGCUGGGUCUACGUGCGUGUGGAGACACCGUCCCGGGGCUCUGGCAGGACCAUCCGCUUCCAGCUGUGUGUGCGGUUGCAAGAGUGCCCGAAGCCCAACCUGUCUCGGGCCCUGGCCCCUGGAGCUGCCAUGAACAUGCCCCAGUCACUGGGCAACCAACCAUUGCCCCUAGAGCCACCAUCCCUUGGUGCCCCUGUGGAAGGGCCUGGGGCCACAUCUCCACCUGAGCACUGCUGGCCAGUGCGCCCGACUCUGCGCAAUGAGCUGGACACCUUCUCCGUCCACUUCUACAUCUUCUUUGGCCCCAGCGUGGCCCUCCCCCCUGAGCGCCCUGCUGUGUUUGGCCUGAGGCUGCUGCCGGUGCUGGACAGUGGAGGUGUCCUUAGCCUGGAGCUCCAUCUCAAUGCGAGCUCCCUGCGCCAGGAAAAUGUGACCGUGUUUGGAUGCCUGACUCACGAGGUGCCUUUGAGCCUGGGGGAUGCAGCAGUGACUUGUUCCAAAGAGUCCCUUGCUGGCUUCCUCCUCUCAGUCAGCGCCACGUCCAGAGUGGCCAGGCUGCGAAUCCCGUUCCCACAGACCGGGACGUGGUUCCUGACCCUCCGCUCCCUGUGCGGGGCGGGGCCUCGGUUUGUGCGGUGCCGGAACGCCACUGCCGAGGUGCGGCUGCGCACCUUCCUGUCCCCCUGUGUGGACGACUGCGGGCCCUACGGCCAGUGCAAGCUGCUGCGCACGCACAACUACCUGUACGCGGCCUGCGAGUGCAAGGCCGGGUGGCGGGGCUGGGGCUGCACCGACAGCGCGGAUGCACUCACCUACGGGUUCCAGCUGCUGUCCACACUCCUGCUCUGCCUGAGCAACCUCAUGUUUUUGCCACCCGUGGUCCUGGCCAUUCGGAGCCGGUAUGUUCUGGAAGCUGCUGUCUACACCUUCACCAUGUUCUUCUCCACGGAGACUAGGUUCUCCCGUUUUCAUUCUUCCCAGAAGUUCAAGAGACCCUGUUCCUGCCAGUGAAGGAACAACUUGUGAUGUUGCUCAGCUCUCUCUUUUCUCAGCUGUGGACUGGAUGUCCCUGCCCUCUUCCCACGCCCAAGGCCAUACCCUGGAGGGCCUGGAGACCUGCCUCACCAAGGCCUGUAAGACUACUGCUCUUUGAGAUUCACAGCCCUUGUGACUUCGGAUUGCUUUUUAGUAGAAUGAUGAAGAAACUGGCCUGGGCUGAAAGUAGUGCCUUUAGGGUCCCUUUAGUCAAUGAGCAAGACACUUCAAAAGCCACCUUUAGAUGCCAUAGCACUUAACCUUCACGCCCCAGCUUCAGUUCAUCCUGGUGUUCAGUCCAACCCUGGAAACUAUACCAACUUGUUUCUCCUUUCAAGAGAUGCCCUCAAAAGCCAUGGCUUCCAGAGGACUGAUUCACAGAGAUCUUAAACGUUUUUGAUCCCCUAAAAUCUGCUGGCAUGCUUUAAGCUCAGCUCCAGCGGUUGCUUUUGAUCAUAGGUCAAAACCUUUCUCUUCAAAUAUAGCAUCUUCGUUUUCUUAACCCUGCUUCCAUCACUAUCACAACCUAUUCUUCCUGGUGGAGCAAGGAUUAUGUCAGGAGAUGGGAGGAGUGAGCAUACUGCCUCGGUGUUUGUUCUCGGUCUGACGCUGUUUCCUCAGAGCUCUGUCCAGUAUCUUUUCUUUGGGUGGGCUUAUAAGGCAAAUGACAGAAAUCCUCAGAGGGAUAUGUGUUCCCAUAUCUUUGUACCAAAGAUAUUCUUACAACCAUACAUGUUCUUAGUGUUUGGCUUUAAUAAAUACUCAAAUCACAUAAAUUUUGUAAGAAGGUCAGAGAAAAGUGACAGCAAAAGUUCCAGGACAAAGAGAACUCAGGUAACUCCUGGGUAACCUUUUCACAUUAAGGGAACAUAGGAUGUCAGAGGCUAUGAUAGCAUGGUCCAGAGAGGCACAGGGAUGGGGACCACAGACCCAGGGGCUGAUGGUAGACCGUGACUCUUUAAUUGAGGUGUCGGAAUAGCCUGAUACAGUACCACGUGUUCCCUGCACCCCUGUCUGAAUCUCCUCAGUACCCUACUCUUUACUGUGUUCCCACAGUGUAGGAGAGCUGGACGCUGUCUCAUCCCCGUAUUGUUUCCCAUGGUGUGAAGACCAUGCUCUUCUCCCUGGCUGUAGGGACUGCCUUUUUUCUUACUGCGUCCACCAUGGCAUUGGGUAGGAGGUAAUGAAGAGGGCCAGUUAGUGAGCCAAACUCAGAGUCUGAGCUAUCAGGCGAGACUGGGACAUGCUAGGGAGGCUCGGGGUCUGGGUUGGCUAGAGUC